AUGGAUCCCCAUCCCGAACAACUCGCCAUCGCGGAGCACCAUGAUGUGUAUCCUGGGAUUGACCUUAACAGCCGACUGAAGGAUGCCGCAAAGGGCAAGAUUGUCUACACUACCUGCGUAUGGGUGCAAGCAGAGGAAAUGGAGAAGCGACGGUCUAUGCCUACUUAUGCACAAGCUGGCACCAGUGGUCUAUUUGUCACUGCGAGGUCGAAGGAGACCCUUGCAUCGGUUGCCGAGAAAGCUCAAAAGCUCGCCCCCACGGUAGCGAUUAAACUUUACGCUGUCGAUGUGACGGAUGCUAAGGCAGCGGGCGAAAGCGUCAAGCAGUGCGCCGAGAGUCGUAAUCGCGAACGCUGGCUACGUCGAAAGCGGGUCAAGAUAGGGGAUGCUGAUCCGGAGGAGUGGUGGAUGAGUAUGAUUGUCAACAUCCGAGGGACCUUCAACGUUAUCCAUCAUACCAUCAAACACCUCGUCGCGGCCACAGGACACGCGAUUCUGGUCUCGUCCAUCGGGGCCCAGAUCGACUGCCAGGAGCAAGCUCAUCCCAGACUGCGAAGCACGCCUUGA